AUGGAGAAAUACGAGAUACUGAAGCAGCUGCCUUAUGGGGCCCUUGGGACGAUGCUGGUGGUGGAAUCAACGGCAGAGGAAGAAAAGGAUGGUGUGAAAAAGAAGUAUAUUUUGAAAAAGGUGGAAUGCAUUGAUGAAAAACAAGCAAAUGACGCUCUCAAAGAGGCCAUGGAUCUGCUGGAACUAAAGCAUCAAAACAUCUGUCCCUACAAAGAAAUGUUUAUCACUUGGGACAAUAGGAUUUCAUCUGUCUUUCUUUGUCUGGUGAUGCAGUAUUCAGAACAAGGGAACCUUUCAUCUUUCAUGAAAGCCAAGAGGCAAAAACAUGAGACAAUUCCGAUCAGGGUGAUUCAGAUAUUCUUGGGGCAGAUGGUGGAUGCUUUGGUUUACAUCCAUCAACAAAAUAUUUUUCACAGGAACCUCAAACCACCCAACAUCCUCUUAGCUGGUGAGGCAUCCUUCAUGCUUUGUGAUUUCAGCUCAGAAACCCUUAUGACUGAUGAGAUGAAAUGGAAGAUAAGGGUGGAACAAGACCCUCACUUUAAAUCCUGCAUGGCUCCAGAAGCACUCAAGUUUUCCUUUAGUGACAAAUCCGACCUCUGGUCCCUUGGUUGUAUUCUGCUUGAGAUGCUAAGCUGCUCCUCUCCGAAAGUGAAAGAUCCACUUGCAUUGUUGCGUAACAUCAGGGAGAAUUCCAGUUACCUGGAGGAUGCCCUGAUAUCCAUGAGGCUGCAGGAUACACCUUUGUCUUCUAUUUUGCUUAUGAUGCUAAAGAUCGAGCCAACGAUGAGGCCUACUGCACGGGAGCUGGUUGAUAAUCCAUUUAUUAGAGAAUGCCUCAUUCUGGCUAAGUCUCCUCUAAUAAAGCUGAGGAAGAGUUUGCCUCCUGAAUUCCUGAAUAUAAUCCUUGCCGGUGAGAUCCCGACUGUUCUAGAAUUCAUGAUGUCUUACCAGGGCAUAGAGGAAGCGCAAGAAAAGUGCAUGGAGCGUCUGAUUAGCCUCUUUAAAGAAUCAGAAGUCAGUGUUGGAAAAUUCUUUGGACUUGUGGAUCCUGUGAUUUACGCAAUGAAUAAUCACAUUGAUUCUCCUGAAAUCCAGUUAGCUGGAUGCUCCUUGCUGCUUGAGAUCACUGGCAGAGCAGUGGGACAGAACUUGAACGUGGAAAUCCUGGCCUGCGAAAGCUUUUUCAGUUGCCUGACGAGCUCGAUGAGGACCCAUUUCGACAACGAAGGGCUGCUCCGGAUGAUUUGCACUUUAUUCAUGAUGAUGUCUAGCAACGAAGUAGCUGCAGAUGCCCUGAGGAAAGCUGGUAUCUUCACAGACAUCCUGACUAUCCUGGGUAAUUUUGCUGAAAACAAAGAGAUCUGCGUCGCUUGCUGUGGGCUUAUUUGGACCCUGGUUGUAAACGUGACUGAUGUGGCUGAAAACCCACUGAAAUAUGCCAUCGAACUUGUCUCCAUAAUCCUCCACAUGCACCUCGGGCACGCAGAAGUGGCAGAAUCGGCGUGCUGUGCUUUUUGGGCCUUGUCCCUUCAUGGCUGCAUAGACGAAGCCAAUUACGAGCCCUACUCCUUGCUUCUGCUGGAGGCUCUCCGCCAUCACCCUGAAAGGCCAGUGCUGGCGAAAAAUGCCUGUCUGGCACUGGCAAGCCUCUUAAGGACAUCUGAGUUGUGUGGCUUCAGAUUCAUAAUCACAGACGAGAAGGGCAACGGAAUAACGCUGCUCAAAGACUGCUACCAGCUCCACCGUGAGGAUCCCGAAAUAGUGGAAGACAUUUGUGUGCUGAUCGAUGAGAUGUUUAAAUAUGAUGAAAUAGUGCUGGAGCUGGACUCCCAGAACAUUACCGCGCUGCUGACUGAAUUGAAGAACAGGUUUACGUCCAGUCUGGAAAUAGUCGCCCUUGCAGAGAAGGCACUGUCAAAACUGCAACAACAAAAAAGGUGA